AUGGCGCGCGACGAUGAUUUAUGCCAGUUUUCCGCUCUCCCAACGGAAAUCAAAGCCAAUAUUCGUUCAACUUCAGAUCGAAAGAUUGUUUGCCUAGUCAACAAGGACUGGAAGAACAACAUGGCGCCGAUCCUUUGGACUACAUUCCACACAGAUCUUAAGCCGACCCGCGAAAAGACCCUGGACGUGCUGCUGCACCCAGAUUGCGGAAUACUACCCUUAGAUAUUGCCUAUGUAGACGAGAAGACCCCCGACGAACUGAAACUUCUGAUCGCAGCACUGCCAAGCGGGCGUCUUAUUGAGUACAGGAGCAAUCUUGUCCUCGAUAGUCUCACGUUCAAGCUGCUGCUACAGCAUCAUCCAAAACUCCAGAAGUUGAGGACAUCCAUGACGUUCCAGGAUCCGCCUCACGGCUUCGAGCUUAGUCAGGCAAAUUGGUUGGUAGCUCGCCUAACCGAGCUUAGAUGUCUAGAUGUGGAUUGCGAUGCAGCCGCCACCUCCUCGAUGUUCAAUCUCACCACUCUAAACUUACUGUUAAUGGACUUCGGGAACCAUCCGGAAGCUUUCUUGAGCCACAUUGACGCUAGGAAGCUAGUGCAGCUUUGUAUUUCACGGUGCCGAGCUAUCAAGCCUUUUCUUGCAGGCCUAGCUACAGCAUUUUCCAAGUCGACUGAGUCCCUUCCUGCGCUGAAAGAUGUGGAGGUGGUUCUCAGGAAGGAUGAGCCGGACGCGGAGGAGUCUGUCGAAGCUAUCGAAAAGCUACUGCAAUCUUUGCUUGGACUUCAGGCCCUAUGGUUGGACACGUCUUGGUUCAGGGUGAUCGACAAGGAGUGCUUCAAUCGGCACCGCGCAACGUUGGUGCAUAUAGGUGUAAAUACCGGAGAGGAACAAGUUGUGCAGCACUACUGCGCAGCCGAUAUCCAUUCGAUCGUCACCUCCUGCACGGAACUUAGGACUUUGGCGCUCAACCUCCCUCCUGUCGACCUUGGCUAUAUCAAUUACCUCGGACAAGACUUCUCGUUGCGAGAGCCGGUCUCUGCAGAUACUAAGUCCGAGCUGGAAACUGUCCUGGGGAUAAUAUCCUCUCAUCCGAAGCUGCGCGCCUUUCGAACCCUGUGUAUGGAACACUACGGCAUGGAAGAAGAGCCUAUCGCCUAUCCGCUCCACUCGAUCUCCGAUGAACUCGUCCCACGAACCAGUGCUAUCAUGCAGCACUUCGCUAAUGAAGUGGUGCAAUAUUUGGGACGCCACGGAUCGAAAAUCCAACUUUUCUGUGUUGGUACUUUCUUAAGUCCUGCAGAUCUGCCUUCCCGGGAUAAGGAUGGCCAUAGGUGGCCUUACUACUUCUACCUCCGUAGGCGAAUUAUCGAUAGGAGAGGCCAGGAACAUAACGUAGCCCUGCCACUGCCGGAUGCCGAGACGGAAAUGCCGGAUAUGGGAUUCAUAUACAACCAGUGGUGGAGAUAUACAAUCUCGCCUCCGAAGGGAAAUCACUCAUAA